AUGUUUCAGACACAGUAUUUGAUCAUCGAGAACUUCAUUCCUCCGGAGGAAAAGAACAAAAUCAUGAACAGACUCUCGUUUGACCCCGAGGAGGACCAGUGGAAGUUCCAGCCUCUGGUUCAGUCUGAGAGUAAAUCGUCGCAGAUGAAGAAAAGACCGUCCUCCGCCGUCGGGUACAAGCGUCCAAUCACAGCGUCCGCCCGAGUCGCCAUGACCAGAGGCCCUCGGCCCAGAUACAGGGCGGAGAACGUCAUGCUCCUGGAGCUGGACAUGAAUCCUCUCAACAUCAGCUCUCCAGACCGAUUCUCUGAGACCGACCAGACCGACCAGACCCAGAGCCCCAGCCCGCCCCAGGACUCCUCCCCUUCCAAAGACAGCGCCGUCCACAAGUCCGACUCCUGGUGUCAGUCCCAGAAGUCCCUGAAGUCGUCUCCGUCCAAUGGUUCUCUAGCGGCUUGUCCAACUCCUGCUGUGGCACAAUAG